AUGGAGAUGGUCGACCCCACCGACACGGGCAUGGGCCCCAAGGUGCUAGGCAAGCCGGAGCCCAACGUCCCCUACUACUACGACUGGGGUACCACGGAGGAUUCGGGCACUCCCAUCGGCGGCGCCGAAUCGAUCCAGCAGUUCGAGCAUCCCCAGGACGACUGGGUGAGCGAAAGCUCGCAGCACCAGUACGAUCGCAUCAUCUUCAACCAGAGGAAGAGCGACCGCGCCAAAGAAAUUUACCAGAAGUACCCGAAGCGGCGAGGGGACGAGCCGUACUACGGUUGGCCUUGGGGCGAGAACAUGCCUGAGCUGGAGUUCUUCCCGAACCCUACGUAG